ACCCGACAACGGAAAGAGUAGCAGGCGAGGCUGCGUGGAAUUCCAACGCCAACCCCAACCGAGAAUACGGUCGGGUCGCCGGUGCGCCGUGACGAGACGACCGACGUCGACCCGCCCAUGUUUCCACGCCGCGAAGCUCCCUCGAAACCCGCUCGCGCGCGCGCGCGACAAUUCCAUCGCUCUCACAAGGCACGAACCGGCGACCGCUCCGUCGGUCCGGCGUUUCCACCAGGCCUCCCUGCUUCCGGGAACCUUCCUCGCUCCCGGCUUUCUUCCCAAGUCCCGGCCGUCGUCCGUCCCCCCUUCCAACUUCUUUCCCUCCUUCUCGCGAGGCAACCCGGGACUAUAUAUCCCGAGCCUUCGGGCUCGGCAAAUAGCAUCCAGCACGCAGCGACAAUUCUCAUCUCAGAGACGAUCAAGAAGCAAGCACCAAGGCAACAAGAGCAGAGGAAACAGGCACAGACAAAGGACAUGGACAUGGAGAUGACAUCUUCCUCGGCGCCGGCAGCGUCCUACUUCAACUUCUCCGUGGCGCAGGCCGUGGUGACCAUCUCCAUCAACGUCAUCCUCGUCUGGCUCUCCGCCCUCGUCAAGUCCUCCACCUCCUCCUCCUCCUCCGCCAGCCGCCGCUCGGCCGCCCCCGCGCCGGAGCCGGAGCCAGCGCAGCCUGCACCGGCAAGUGGCGCCUCCGAGGUCGACCUGGACGUGGUUCUCGGGGUGAUGGGCGCGGGCGGCGCCGCCUCGGUUGGGUUCGAGGAGGCGGCGGCGCUGUUCGAGGAGGAGGAGGCGACCGUGGAGGAGGCCGCGGCGGCGUUCCGCGUCUUCGACCGCAACGGCGACGGGUUCGUCGACGCCGGAGAGCUCGGGAGCGUGCUGAGGUCGCUCGGGUUCACCGCCGGCGUCGCGGCCGCGGAAUGCCAGCGCAUGAUCGACGCCUAUGACGAGAACAAGGACGGCCGGAUGGACUUCCAGGAGUUCCUCAACUUCAUGGAGAGGAGCAGCUCGUGAAGUGGCCGCCGGCGUCCGAUGACCGAUGAUUUGCUCAAUUCGUUUGUUCGUUUGUUCGUUUGUUCUCCUUGUCCUUUUUCCGGCCCGAAUGGAGCCGAAUGGUGCACCGUGCACACAAUCUCGUCUGUAUCCAAUCCUAUUCUUUAUACUACAAUAUAUGAUUUUUAGCACUA